CAACAACAACAACAGCAACAACAGCAACAACAGCAACAACAGCAACAACAGCAACAACAGCAACAACAACAACAGCAACAACAACAACAUCAAACACCUAUUUUAUCAACGAAACCGCAUAUCGAUCUUAUGAAUUUAUACGUCAAGAAUAUGGAUCCACUCAUUACAAACGAACAUCUUCAUGCUUUGUUCGGUAAAUUUGGAAGGAUUAUCUCUGCUCGUGUAAUUAGCCAUCCUAUCACAAAAAUGUCAAGGGGUUAUGGAUUUGUUAGCUUUUCUCGGGAAGAUGAAGCAGCUCAUGCAUUACACGAAAUGAAUGGUCAAAUGGUUUUCUCCAAACCUCUCUAUGUCUCUUAUCAUGAACCGAAGAAAGGAAGAAACGACAAUAAUACUAAUGGCGCAGCACAACAGCAACUACAACAUCUCAAGAACCAAUUGUCACAACCUGCUCUAAAUGGGUAUAUCAACGAUCACCAAGAAAACAAUAGGAGGGACCCUGUCCCUUCGGCUCCCUAUCAGAAUCAACAACAACAACACAUUUCGCCUCCUAUUAUCAACCUACCACGAAAACAGGAACUACUUCAGGAAAAUGUCCAUCCUUCUACUGCGAUGAUCGAAGAAAUAAACCCGUACAGGAACAACACAACUGUCAAAUUACCUCGUAGAAAGUCAUUUGCUGCAGAAGCACCAGUGGUCAAGACUUCUCCUAUUUUUGCAACCUCGUCUCCAAAUAUGGGUGCACCAUCACUUGUUUCAUUAGCAACAGGAAUGUCCAUUCAACCUGCACCUGAUUCAUUUAAUCAACAACAGUCGACAAUACAACAAUACUCCAGCAACAAUAAAGAUUUGAUAAGAAAUCAUACCAAUAAUAAUCUGACUCUCAGACGACGUGGAUCUAUUGAAUCCGUUUCCACUACUUUGACGGAGAGCAGCUCUUUUAUUCAACGGCAAAAAUUGACAAAUGCUGUUCUGCGAUGUACACAGUGUAGUUCAGAACGCGCCUCUGAUAUUGUGGACCUACUGUUGACACUUAAUCGAAAGGAACGAUCGUUAUGCCUCUUCAACUCUGAUUUUUUAAAGGAAAAAAUUGGAUUGGCUCUGGAUGCUCUGGAUGCAUUUGAGGAUGAUGAUGAUCUCCAGAAUGACAGUGACGAAGAUAUCAACAGUGCUGUGAAUGAACCUGAUAUUUGGGAACCUCAACAAUUUCCUCCAACAGCAGCUUCUCCUUUACCUUGUGUGUCAAAAGCAAUUCCAAUAAUAGCGCCAACAUCACUUUCAAACACUACAAACGUGAAGUCCAAUAAUAUCAAUGACAGUGGUAAAAGCAACAAGAACAACAAUAUCAAUAACAGCCACUUACCCGUCACUCCUCCAUCAAGUCUUUCCACUUCUGAUCUCAAUUCUGGCCGUAUGUCUCCAAAGGAUAUUGAUACGUUCUUGGAUUCGAUUAGUACUUUGUCCAUAUAUUCACAAAAACAAAAGUUAGGGAAUAUGAUGUGGAAUUAUGUCAAACCAUUGGCAAAACUAUUGGCAAAGCAUCACAAGGUUCCUGGAUUCUCUUCCAAAAUACUUAUUCAUUUAUUGGACAACGUACCACUUGAUGAACUGGCUCAUGGCAUCAAUAAUACCAAAUGGCUCAAGACAAAAGUAGAAGAAGCUGCGAAAUGUGUUCAUGAUUGAUAAUGAUUCAUUGAUGACUUUUUUCUUUAGUAUAUAUCUCUUAUUCUUUACUUAUCCUAACCUGAUAUCAUUCCUAUUUUAUACACACAUAUAUAUACAUAUUUUUUUUUAUUUGGUAUACCAUCCCUUAAUUAGUAUCAUCUGUAGAAUACAAUAUCCACUUAUAUUAAAUAAAGAAAAAAAUAACUGCUCUCAUAGAGCAUUUUUGAAUAUUCAUAUGAAC